AUGUUUCAGCCACUCGCUACUUCCCGUAACUCUACCACCGACCGGCUGUGUGGGAAUCAAGCAGAAUUUUUGAUCACGCAGUCGUUUACCUCUGAGUCUGAGCUUCGCUGUGCUAACAGUUAAAGAAGGAAACUAGCUGAGGAAUUUUGCCGUUCUGUAGCUCUUGCACUUCUCCAUCGCAGUUCAUUUCCACCAGGACGUUCGCUAUGGCUUACAGGGCGUCAAAAUCUGGCAUUGCUGCCGACAUCCAAAAGAAGAUGGAAGCGAAGAUGGACGAGCUGGAAGCUGAAGGCAUCACCGGCUACAUUGUGUCAUGGAUAAACGCAGUGCUGUCCGGUGACGCCGAUGCGGAGGCCAUUCCCGGAACGAAGGCCAGUGACAUUCACGAUGCGCUGAUGGACGGCGUGCGCCUGCUGAAGCUGAUAAAUGCCAUUCGUGCACACAGAGGCGAGUCCGCACUCAAGAUUGAGCACAGCAAAAGUAAGAUCCCAUCGAUGGCGGCGGCGAAGCACAUGGACAACUUGGGGCGAUUUCUGAAAGGAGCCGAGUCCUUGGGAAUGAAGGUGAACGACCUGUUCCAGUCCGCUGAUCUGUACGAGGGAUCUCGUGCCCAGAUGGUGAACGUCGUCAACAGCCUGCACUCAUUUGGAUUGCUGAGCAAGAGCCUUCACUUUGAGCCAACCUACACGGGGCCGGGCCAGUAUGCCACGGAGAACGUCCGUGGCUUCACGGAGGAGGAAGUGCGCCAGCAAUCUGCAAGCAUUGUCUCCAAGCAGAUAUCUGGCUCGCACGGCCAUGCCUCCCAAGCCGGUAUGCGUGCACCAGGAACAUCGCGGCACAUUGCAGAUUGAAGCUCUACGCAAAGCUUUGCAUCCAGCACACACCUGGUCGUAUGCCAUUGAUCUCAACCCGGGACUCCAAAGACGAAACGACCACCAAUGUUCAUACAUGUUUUGUUUGUAAAACAUGAUUCACAAGAAUUUAGACCGCACUAGUUUGUAACACAGUACAGGGCUGUUUGACGUUGAUACCCUCAAGCUAGCAGGGAUAUCCGUUGAUGCCUUUUAUUAUUUUUCUUGGCUUUUUUUUCUCCAAAAGUUUCCGCCAUAUUCUGUUAGGCCAGGCCUCUGAGUUUUAUUGCGAUCCGAGUCAAACUGGUUUCAUCGAUACAGUCAGCUCGACUGCUUGGAUUCACCUUGUGAUACUUACCAUUUUCAACAUUCUUUGCAACAAAAAAUAACUUCUCUUCACCAGGA